AUGGUCGUAGAUGUUGUCCUGAAAUGCACCCUUGAAGAGCCGACGGCAGUCCCAGAUGAUAGCCAACGCAGCGUGGGUUUCAGCUCCCCAGAGUCCGUCUGCGUCGAUGCUACAACAAUACAUCAGCUCCUCUCAGUAUCAGCAGCGGAGUUUGUCGCGCGACUCUCUCCAGUGGAAGUGUCAUAUCUAAAAACGCUCGCAAGUGAUAUACUGUCCCAAAUCCCUUGUCACAAGAGCUACAUGCCGAUUCAGGACCUCAUCAACCUGAACAUACCCCUCGAUCGACUUAGUCUUCUUCUCUCCGCAUUAGCACUGUGUUGCAUAUAUCCCAAACAGAUCGAUAGCAAUGCUUCCGCAUAUUUCUUGAGUUCUCGCUAUCUGCUCAAUUAUCGUUAUGUGAAACCUUCACUGGACCUUUGCAUCGCAUGCUAUAUGCAGCAUUUAUAUCUCCUGAAAACAGGACCAGAUAAUCAGGACACAGCCGCCCUUAUCAUGGCCAUCCGCACAGCCCACGAACUGAAAAUAAAUGAAACGGUGUCCCCAGAUCGCUGUACGCUCCCGGCGAAACUGUACCUGUUUUUGUAUUUCCACGACCACCAACGGCCAAGUCCUGGAAGCACUAUACGGAAAACCCUGCGACCACAGCAACAUAUACCACCUCGAGGAACUCCUCGGAGGAAAUUCACUAGGGCAAGAAUAACCCUCCGCGUGCACCGCCUCCCCCUAACAGAAGACUGGAUCCCUUCAAUGAGCAUCUGCGUCCGUUCCUCCCAAAUGAUCCUGCUCCUCUACUUCCAAACCUACAACCCCUCCAUGGCUCCCAACGCUGCCCAAAACCUCCACAACCCCUCCGCCAGCCUCCUCGCCAUGGAGGGCCGCCUGCCCCUCACCUGGCGCCAGGUGAAACGUAUCAUGACCUCCGCGUUCAUCCUCAUCUACGCGUACUGGCACGGCGAGGUCACCUUCGAGGAGGUCUGUCGGGGCACUGCUAUGGCGCUGGUGCUGCACGAGUGUCAGAGGGUACGGUGGGGGAGGGAGUUGGAUGGUGCGAUGGCGGUUUUGAGGGAUAUUGCGGGGAUUUGUGGGAUGACUAUUUUGCCGAAUUUGUCGAGUUUGUUGCCGGAUGUUGAUUUGGGGGUUUUGAGGGUGAUUGCUGGAUAG